CCUGUUCAGCAAAACCUCCAUGGGAAACCAUUUACUGCCUUCGGACAGUAGAAAUUGUGACAGGGAUGACUGAGUGAAUAUUUCUGAUGUUAUUUGAGGGUUAAGAAGAUUUCUCUCUGUGGUAAUCCUGCUCUGGUCUGGCCUUUGAAGCAUCAGGUGACAACUCCAGUUGUGGCUGCUCCUCCCGCUCCCUCAGCAGCUCCCAGUGUUACAUUCGAAGGACUCUCAAAAACCAAGAAGAUGAAAGUGAAGUUGGCCCAUUUGGGUUUGGUCUUCUUCCUCCUUCUGUCUCUGGUGAUGACAGGCUGUUUCCUUUGGCAAUAUCAGCUGCCAAAACUUAAGCCAGAUGAAGAGAUGGGUCCUAAUGCCAAUUCAGAGAUGAUGUGUCCCCGCUUUCCUGAGCCUCUCCCUUUGGAGCAUCCUAUCCCCAGUCUCAAAGAAGCCCUGGAAAAGGUGGAUGUUUUGUUUCGCCAAAGCAUCAACCCCAUCAGCCUUCCUGCUCUGUCUGCCAUUGUGAUUUUAAACGAUACAGUUUUGUGGACUGGCAACUUUGGAAAGAGGAAUACCAGUGAUCCUCUGUCAGGCCCACCCAGUGAAUACACAAUCUACAGAAUUGCCAGCUUAUCGAAGAUAUUCCCAACGCUGAUGCUCUACAAACUGUGGGAGGAUGGAAAGAUCGCCUCCUUAGAUGAUCCACUGGAAAAAUAUGUAGAAAAUUUCACUAUAAAAAACCCUCUGGGGAAAACAAGAGACUCUGAGUUAAAAUAUGUGACAGAUGGCCUAAUAUUUCUAGACAGUGGAGAGGUACAAAUUCGCUCAUCCUCUGUCACCCUGCGCAGGAUGGCAAGCCAGCUCUCAGGUCUGCCCAGGAGGCUGAGGGCUACAAAUUUACUAUGGAAAGGCAAAACGCAAUCAGCAAUCAAUCUGUUACAAGAUGAUGUUCUCGUUGCAGAUCCAGGAACCAAGUGUCACUAUAGUAACCUCGCAUUCUCUCUUCUCGCUCAUGUGAUGUCUGAAAGAGUGGUCGGAGUUGACUACCAACGAUGGGUCACAGAAAACAUCCUGGACCGAUUAGGAAUGGAAGACACCAGUUUUGAACUGACUCCUGGGUUACAGAGCCAGUUUGCUGUGGGAGUUUACUCAAACGGAAAACCUGCUCCUCUCUAUGAUCUCGGCUGGUACCGGCCUUCCGGUCAGAUGUUCUCCACCCCUGCAGACAUGGCCAAACUCGCCAUGGUGCUGCUGGGAGCCUACCACCGAAAGCUGCUGGAGCCAGAUUCUCUGAAGAUCAUGUUGAACCCACUCUUUAGGUGUGAUAAGGAUUACUUUGCAAACCGUACUGGGACCCCUUGGGAGGUGAAUGACCUCAUGGGCUACGAGAUGUUGAGGAAAGAUGGUGAUCUGGAUGGCUACUCUGCCACGUUCUCCCUGGUUCCCAGGCUGAAGCUAGGCCUGGUAAUCCUAAUGGCGGGCAGCAGGCCUCAGAAGCAGGAUGUGGUCACAAAGGCCUACAGCUACAUUGUUCCAGCAAUAGAGAAGGCCUUUAGGGAAGCCAAAAAGAUUCUUGUUGCUUCCCCAAAUCCAGAGCCUUACAUUGGGUUCUUCACAUACAGCAACAUCACUUUCUAUGAGAUCAAAGUGGGAUCCGAUGGAGUUCUGAUCAUGCAGCAGUUUGGUCCUCAGAUCGAAGAGCUGAUCCCAGAGAAGUACAGGACAAUAAAGCUUAACUACUUAGUUGAGCGGGUUUUCAGAGUUGUGUUUGAUAAAGAGUACCCUUGUGUUUUGAGAGUGGGCAAGGCUUCAGUUUCGUUGGAAGCCCAAGAUGGCCAACUUUUUAACUUCUACGUCUUUAAUAAGCAAGGCUUGUCCCCUGGCUUUGAUGCACCAGGUCUAAACACAUACAAUGUGGUGCGAAUAGCCCGCAGGCCAACCUUCACCAGCUGAGGAGCAGCAAGUGUUUUUGUGCGCUACAGAUGACGUGAAGAAAGGCAUGUGACAGUGAAAGACUCACCUGAAAUCAGAGGGGACGCCAGUAGUAUCAUUUUGGAAAGAACUCUUGAAUGAGAACAGAUAAGAAAGACAAGUACUUGGCACAUGUUGUUUUUUUCUGCUGAGUGAUGUACAUGAAUGUCAUCCUCACACAGGCCCUUUAUCACACCUCUGAGCUAAAUAUUCACUCUGUGGCAGUUAAGUGCGUUUGCUCAUCUUGCCUUCUUCUGUUAAUGUCUUGCUAGAGAAAACAGCAGAACAACACUUUUUGUGGUCAGUCAUAUAACAAUUUUACAUAUGCUCACUUCUUCAACCAGGAUUAUUAGUAAAUAAGAUAUUUAUCUCAUCCAUUUUCAAACUGUCUUAUUGGAACUGGUAAACAUUUCCAAAGUUUUAAAACAACUUAUUUACAGCUAGAAACAAUGCAGUCUGAUUUAACAUACAGUACGUACAGAAAGUGCAUAGACGUGCACAGGCUGCAGCUUCCUGUUAUCAUACUGCAACACAUAGCAACUUAAUUCAAUAACUUUACACAAACAAUAGAAAAUAACACUGUUUUUCAUGUGGAUAAAAGAGGAUAAAAAUAACUACAAUUGGUUGUUAUUCCAUAGUUUCUAAAAAGACUGCGGUUGACACUGCAGCACAGCAAAGUGGCUGUUUAAAACCCCAUCCAGUAAUUGAUCAGAAAAUCAUAUUAUUAUUUGUGAUGAACUCCAUAAGCUUUGUCAUACAACAAAUGAUUUGGCCAGUCGUUAUUGUAGUGAGUAUUUUCCACUUUGUUGUUGCUGAGAAUGCACCUUUGUUUUCCUGUGAUGCUGGUUUAAAUUUGGGUCAUAAUAUUACCAUAUUUAGUUUUAUCAAACCUCAGUAUAUAUUAUGUAUUUUUUAUACUCUCUUCUUGAAGAUAAAUAUUGCCAUAAUGCCAGUUGAUGCACAAGCAGCAGAAAAAAAACAUUGUGUGUAAUGUGAAGUCAAUAAGAGUGUUAUAGAGGAAUGAAAUA